AUGCCUUACCCAAAGAUUAGCAUCCGAUUCUGUACUCGCUGUAAAUGGAACUUAAGAAGUGCCUGGUACUUACAAGAGCUGUUACAGACUUUUGGUGACAAUUUAGGCGAAAUAUCGUUAAUUCCCGGUGAGACUGGAGAAUUUCGAGUGUUGGGACAACUAGGACAGGACAGUGAAGAGAUAUGUAUAUGGGACCGUAAAGUCCAGGACGGGUUCCCUGACAGUAAAUUUCUCAAGCAAAGAGUCCGCAAUCUUUUAUUCGAUAACAAUGUCUCGAUAGGCAAGCAUAACGAGAGAUCAAGCGGUCAAAACCACUUAACUGGGUUAAAUCCACCACGAGAAACGCUUAUCAAGCAAGAAGAAUGCCAUGAUUGCAACGACAACUGA